UUCCACAAAUAAAAUUUCCACAAUUUGCAUCCUUGCCCUCAAGGAUUUUUUUCUUUUCAAAUCCCUCCUCGCAACCCCCACCGCUUGCCCUGGGAAGAAUUCAGUUCUCGCGAUUGCAUCAUUUCUAGGGCUUUCGUUCCGGACGCCUCUCCUUCAGGACAGGAUCAACGUAUGGUUGGUUGGGGAAGGUGUGGGUAACAGCCUGCAUUGGAGUAUAUAUAAACUGGAGUCAUCGCCAUGCCGGGUUUGAAUCGUGAUGGCUUCAAUAUCACGAGCUUUUUCUUUCAUUUGGCAGAAUGGCAUCCACUUGAAUAGCAGAGCUCAAUCGGGCUUUUGACGCCCUCUCCUCUCCCUUUGUUAACUCAGGUUUCUGGAAACGUCUCGUUUUUUGGUGGGAGCUAUAGUAACAACUACAAAUAUUGAGUUUCUCAUGUUCCUUAAGAGUUCCUCUCUUGCAAGAAUGAUGGGUUGCUGCAAUUGCUUUGGCUUCAUCAGAAUGCCCAAGCGGAAACCAAAGCCUAAUUAUGGAUUUAAUAAUCACUGUUCCCAGGAGCGGUUGUUGGAUGAUGAUAUAGAAGAUGAUGAUGAUGGUUCAUACAAUGGUGAGGUUACAAGAACUACUCACGCUGAUGAAAGCGAGCCACAAAGCUGCGUUAAUCGUUCUGAGGAGAUUCUACACAUCAGAGAACUGAAUGGAAUGAUUUGUAGGCCAUGCCCUGUGAAGGAAACCCGAAAAGUCGUUCGCACUGAGGAUGAAAAUGGGAAUAAGAUGGUCAAUGAUUAUGUUCGUGAGUGUAAGAUUGGUGCUGGAAGCUAUGGGAAAGUGGUUCUGUAUCGAAGUCUUGUAGAUGGACAGCAUUAUGCAAUUAAGGCUUUCCAUAAAUCUCAUUUAUUAAAGCUCCGAGUUGCACCUUCAGAGACAGCUAUGACGGAUGUUCUUCGUGAGGUUCUUAUUAUGAAAAUGUUGCACCAUCCUAACAUAGUUAAUCUCGUUGAGGUGAUUGACGACCCAGAAAUAGAUCAUUUCUACAUGGUUCUUGAAUAUGUUGAAGGCAAAUGGGUUUGUGAUGGCUCUGGUCCACCAGGUGGAAUAGGAGAACAUACUGCAAGGAAGUACUUGCGGGACAUAGUUUCGGGGCUAAUGUACCUCCACGCUCAUAAUAUAGUGCAUGGUGAUAUCAAACCUGAUAAUCUGUUGGUUAGUCGCGAUGGUAUGGUGAAGAUUGGGGAUUUUAGUGUCAGCCAGGUUUUUGAGGGUGACCAUGACGAGCUGCGGCGAUCACCGGGGACUCCUGUUUUUACUGCACCCGAAUGUUGUUUAGGGCUAACCUAUCGCGGUAGAGCUGCUGACACAUGGGCCGUGGGGGUUACUUUGUACUGUAUGGUAUUGGGACAAUACCCAUUCCUUGGAGACACACUUCAGGAUACAUAUGACAAGAUUGUUAAUAACCCUUUAGUACUUCCAGAUGAUAUGAACCCACUUUUAAAGGAUUUACUUGAAGGUCUUCUUUGCAAAGACCCAAACAUGAGGUUGACACUGGAGGCAGUCGCAGAGCAUACUUGGGUUAUUGGAGAUGAUGGGCCGAUACCUCAGUUUUCAUGUUGGUGCAAGGGUAAGAGUUUGCGAGAGGAAUCUAAUGGGACGAAAGAUGACUCUAGCAUAACCCAUACUGACUAGAGUGUCUAGGUUGGAUUUGUUUUUGGCUUUCCAAUUUUGGUUUUCGAGUUGCAAACAUCGUUCUGGUUACUCUGGCUUUCGGACUUGUCAUGAUUUUGGCGAGAACCUUUUUCUCUGUUGUGUUUCUUCUCUGGGUUUGCUUUUUUUUCUGGUGUCGUGUUAUUUGUUAGGCUCGGUUGGUAUCACACAGGUCAACCGUUAUUGAAUGCAUUUGUAGGAAAUACUUUUGUUCAAAAGCGCUUUUGUUGAUAGCAGUUUUCAUAGAAUUGAUGCAUCAGUUUCCUUUA